CUUCAAAAUUCAAGUACAACGAUGACUAUCGCCUUGGAUGCAUUAGCUACAUCAAUGCAAGGUCUCGACAACUCUGGAGAACUUUAUGGUUCUAUUGCUAAUUUGCGUCAGGCACUUCAAAAAACACCUGUCGAUUUCAAAUUAGCCGCAGAGAGUUGCAAAAGAGUUGCUGACGGUCUUCGUACAGCUGCUUUGAGAUCACCAAUUGGUGAAUGCGGUGUUAUACAGACUUUGGCUACUUUACUCACAAUUUCAAAGCAGACUGAUGGUCAACAGCAACAGUACCUAUUCCAAAUUCAAGCACUACGCGUGCUUGGUAAUUUAUGCUUUGAUCAUGAAGAGAACCGUAAACGCGUUGAAGAAGCUGGUAUUGUGUCACUCGUAGCAAGCUUCUUGAAGGAAGCAAAUCAUUCUGAUCUAAUACGAAUAGUAUGCGGAUUUUAUUUGAAUAGUAGUAUGGAUUACGCUCCUAUACAACUCGAGAUUGCCCAAUGUGGAGCUGCUGAAGAUCUCGUCAAGCUACUACAGUCGAGUAAAGGGGAUCAUAGCUCAAUGUCGAUGGCAAUCAAAACCCUAGAUAAUAUAAUAGCUGAAGAUGAUGCACGUCGGAAAAUUGCAACAUCUGCAACUGUAAAAACAUAUAUGACUUUGAUAGAGUCACUUUGUAAGUCAAAGGAUUAUCUGGAUGAUUUAGAUCUUACACAGAACUUGACAGAUACCUUAUUACAGUUGAUCAUGGAUGAUGAAAGUCUUCAAAAUGUGAUUUACGAAAUGGGAUCUUUAGACUAUUUAUUGAACUUUUUGGAAGACACAGAAAUCGUAGAAUUGGAAGAUAAGGAGGAAGAAGAAAAAUUUGCUGAAAUUCGACGAGCACUCAGUAAAAUUACUGUAUUCGCAGCAUCCACUGAUGCGAAAAUGGAUGCGAUCUAUAGCAAUCAACACUAUUUGUCAAAAUUAUUGAAGAUGGCCAAGUCAACAUCGGAAAUUGCGCAUCAAACAGCUAUAUAUAUAUUAGGGAACCUAGCCAGAACAGAUCAGCAUUGUAUUGAAUUAGUAGAGAAAUACGGUCUGUCAAAACUUUUGCUUGAUCUAUAUCAGUCAACCAAACAUGCUACAUUUCAAUAUGCUAUUUUGGGUUGUUUAAAGCAUCUUUGUGUUCCUAAAGACAAUAAAGGUAUUCUCGGAGACGAUAAUUGUAUAGAAAUUGUCUCGUCGAUGCUUGAUUCAUCGAACGAUAUGCUCAAGAGAAAUCAAUUCUUAACCAUUGGUGUUAUCAAGUUACUUUGUACAGGAAGUUUCAAAAAUGCUAAAAGUGUCAUUGAGAACGAUGAUAUUUUAAAUUCAAUCCUGGCGUUUAUUAAGCGAGUGGAUGAUAUAGCAGCUAAAAGUGAGGCUACGAGAAUACUUAUCACUUUGGUCAAAACAAUUUGGGUAGAAAAAGACAGCGAUGAGUUCAAGAGUAGGCUGAUAAAAGCAGAUAUUCUUGAGCCCAUCAAAGAGCUGAUUAGAACAACUACAUUUGCUAUUUUGAAGAAUGAAGGCGUUCUGGCAUUAACACUAGUAUUUUCAGACCAUGACUCAGUUUCACUUUUGGAUAAAGCAUGUUUGCCUGAUAUACCACACGCAGAGGUUGCGAAUGAUACUGAAAACUCAAAUGACAAGACUAAAAACCAUAAUGAACGCUCAUUAAUACAGGUACUCGUCGAUGAUAUAUGUUCACAAAAUAAUGAUCUUGCGGUACAAAUCAAAUGUAAUAUGUGUCUGUUAUUAUGCAAAGUUGUAGAGGCUGCUAGAUCACGUAAGUUCAAACUUGUAAAACGGAGCAACGUCGCUAUUUCUGAUUCAUUCUCUCUUUUGUAGUACGAAGCCAAGACGAUCUGCUGACUACAAUUCGUGAAGUGAUAGGGGACAAACUUGAAGAGAUACCUCAAGCGUCAGAAUUAUACAGAUAUGCAAAUGCAUUGAGUAAAUCUCUGCAUCAGUAAUUCACUUCAGAAGAUACAAAAACAGCGAUAAAUUUGAUUUAAAUAGGACUUUUUCAAAUAUAUCUUACUGUAAUAUCUUUUUAUUAAAAGUCGAGUAGAUGCAAUGCAAGUUACUUUUGAGAAUCCUUAUGCAUGUAAUGAAAUGACGAAUUGUGAUUGAAUUGACGCACGUUUUCUUCAGUUUUUCACCUUUGCGUUUCUGUGUUU